CUCCCCCAGCCCUCCCUGUGCCUGUUGUCUCUGUUUGUUAGCGAAAUGAUUCCUUCUGUCAUGUCAAAGGCAACAUUAUCAUAUUCUUGUUGCCUGGGAAACUAGUGCUGAGAGAGACAGCGACUUAAAGCCUUCAUGGUGUUUGAAGCUGCUAAACAUGAAAGGUUAUUCAUGGUACUGGGAAUCCUGACAUAUCUAGAAGGUUCUUACUGUUGGAAUCUGGCUUGUUGUUUUCUGAGAAAUCCCCGCCUUGUUUGGCAAUAGAUUCUGUUGAGUGAAAUUAGAUGCCACUUAAGUAGCUGCAAAGGUAAUGUCCAAUUUACCUGGAAGCAUGAAGUGUCUCCAUCACAGCAUACGAGUGUUGACAACAAGGGCUUAUAAAUAAAACAGUCAAGGCAAUGGCCUUAUUCAACACAGGUGUGUACCAGAACACUCCCAAAAGGGGUGUGUACUCCAAAAUAGCCACAAGAGGCAAGUAGGGGGACAAGAACUCUAACAAAGUACAUAGAGAACAGAGAGAAUACAAUGACUGCAUAUAUUAAGAUUCCAACAUUGUUAUAAAAUAGACCUAAAGCUAUCGUUUAGACCAGUGGGGGCCAUAGUACUGAGUCUGUUUAUGAUGUUGUUGCUGUUGUUUUUAAUAAAUCAUGCACUUAUGUUUGUGUUUUAAAUGUAUAAUAAACUAACAAAACAAAUAUUUUUGGGUCUAGUCAAAUUUUGCUUAAGGGUUGUAAGGGGGCUCAUGACCUCACUAUUUCCAAAAUCUUUGCUACGGCCCUGCUCCUAACCACCAGCUAUUUGUCUGUAAGUCAACAACACAUAUGCCAUUGUGGCUAGGUGGUGGACAUUCUUCAAAGAAAACAAACAACUAAAUCACAGUCCAUUCAGUGUGGCUACUCCAGUUCCACAUCUUUAGUCCGGGCUCCGUGGACUGUGACAGUUCAAUCCGAGUGGAGCCGCCUGUCCUGGAUUUCCUAACCGCUCCCGCUGCUGCUGGUUGGCUACAUUGUAUCAGUUCCCACUACAGCGCUCAUCCAGAAACGUUGAAGACGGAGGAAUUAACAUAGAUGGAAAGCUAUUAACUGUGGGAUUAAUUGCCAGAAGGUCGCGGAAGAGGACUGGACUUGUGUUGGGCUUGAGACCGCACCGAUAAAAUGCCCUCCGGGCUCGGUUGUUUUCGAUGUGGACGGUAUCUCGAAGUAUGAUGGCAGAAGUCCAGUGAAUCGCUGGCCUCCCCUAAUCUCUUGUGUUGGAUGUCUUGGGGAGUGCGCUGCCACUGGUUUCUGGUGCUUCAGAUUUUUUUAGAGGUUUUAUUGUAAUUCAAGCCUGUUACUCUGAUUUGCUCUUUUUAUGGAGUGCGCAUCACCAUGGGCAGACCAGGGUUUGGAAUAGGAUUGGCUAGCUAAGUCGGGCAAAAUGUGGUUAAAUGGGACAGGAACGAGUACACCGUGAGGAUUCUCUAACCCUUGCCCCAGAGUCCCAACCGUCUGAGAGGGUGUCGGACCUCACUGAGGCAAUCCUGGGCCGUUGGCACUAAAAUGUCCCUAAGUGGUGGCACUGCAGGCGGGAAAGGUGUGGACUCUAAUGCGGUGGACACUUAUGACAGCGGGGAUGAGUGGGAUAUCGGUGUUGGCAAUCUGAUUAUUGACCUUGACGCUGACUUAGAGAAGGACAAACUUGAGAUGUCUGGUACCAAGGACGGCAUGGCGGCACCACCAAGUGCAGUGGCAGCAUUGCCUGACAACAUCAGGUUUGUUAGUCCAGUGUCUGGCUCUCAAGGCAAGGAAAGCAAAUCCAAAUACAAGCGCAGUAAGAACUCUAAAGACAAUACUAGCAAAGCUUCGGCUGGAGAUGGGGGUAAAAAAGAAACUACAGGACGGACUCAAGGGGAGCCAACAGGCACAGCAGCGAGUGCAGUAGCUGCUGGCAAUAAUUCCACCUCUGGGAAGAACAUGGAAAAGGGGGGCAAAGCUUCUAGAGGUGUUCUGAGCGGUAAAAAGGAAAAAGAAGGGGCCAGUGGGAAAAGUAAGAAGGACAAAACAGAUGGAGCCCCAGUCGUGGCAGUAGCUGCUGCAGAGAAGGAUGUUGUGUCUCAAGCCCAAGUUGCUUUGGGGAAUAGUCGUAAUUCAUCCUUUGAGAACACACAAUCAGCAGACUUGGCAGAAGCCAAUCAAAUGGGGAAUAUUGCACUUGAACCUGUUGGGAUAAUACCAGCACUGACCACAAAAACUGAACCAGAGGAUGUGGAAAAUGGUAAUACUGAAUGCAAGACAUUAAAGAAAGUUAAAAGUGAAAAGAUGGAAUCUCCUGUGUCCACACCAGCCCCUCCCCCCCUCCACCUCCUGGCCACAGUAGGCAACAGUGAGAUUGCCUCGCCAUGUGAGCAGAUAAUGGUGCGCACACGCUCGGUGGCAGUAAACACAUCCGACGUGGCUCUGGCUACUGAACCCGAGUGCUUGGGACCCUGCGAGCCUGGUACCAGUGUCAAUCUUGAAGGCAUUGUGUGGCAAGAAACUGAGGAUGGAAUGCUGGUGGUCAAUGUUACUUGGCGAAACAAGACGUACGUGGGCACGUUGUUAGACUGUACACGGCAUGACUGGGCUCCCCCCAGGUUUUGUGAAUCCCCUACAAGUGAUCUGGAGAUGAGGAAUGGUCGUGGUCGAGGUAAGCGAAUGAGACCAAAUAGCAACACCCCUAUCAACGAGAACAGUAACUCAUCAGAAAACAAGGGCACCAACAACAACAAGACACGUGCUGCUUCUAACAGCAAGGGCCGGAGGGGCAGCCAGACACCAUCAGAGCGACGCACCCCACCUAACAGUAACACCGAGGACAUCAAGGCCAGUCCCUCAUCAACUGGAAAACGCAAGGCCAAACCUGCCUCAGACAUGGAACCUAAUUCCAGCUCAGAGGACACCAGAGGCAGCAAACGUAUGCGGACAAACUCGAACAGUGGAGGGGUGGGACCAACUGGUCUGCCUCUCCCUUCUAUUAAGACUGAGCCACUUCCACCUCCCCUUGAUCGCAGCUGCCCUUCUCCAGUUCUUAUUGACUGCCCACACCCAAACUGCAACAAGAAGUACAAGCAUAUCAAUGGCCUCAAGUACCACCAAGCCCGUGCACACAAUGACGAUGACAUAAAGUUGGACUUGGAUGGAGACAGUGAAUAUGGAGAGGACUCAACUCUCCACCCUGAACCAGGGAACUGUAAUGGAGCAUCUAUUUCUCAGAAAGGAUGCUUGUCUCCUGCACGUUCAAUUACUCCAAAAGGCAGGAACUUUGAUGCUCAGAGUCCCUCCCCAUCUCCUGGCAAGUUUGGUUCAAAGCAGAGUAAAAAGAAAAUUGCUGAAACUGAUCCAGAAACAGGAGGUACACCAAUGGAUGGGUGUGAGGAUGGGCCAUGUCUCACCGAUGAGGCUAGUAACGAUGGUAUAGAUGAUAAGAGAGGAUCAGACAAGUCCAAAAAGGCUAGCACUGGCACAAAGGCUGAUAAAAUGGCCCUGAAAAACAUGAAGUCACCACGGCCCAUUGGUCCAGGCUCUGCAGCAUCCCAGCAGAUGUACUCCUUCCCUCCUGGAAACCCAAAUUCUUCACCGGGGCUUAACCCAAUCAUGCAAGGUGUCCCCAAGAGUCCCCAAAUGAAAGGCACACAGCCCAAACCCCCAGCCAUUGGAGAUCCAGCCUCAAGCAGCUCCAAAGACAAGAAGAAAAAAGACAAAAAGAAAAAGGAUGGUGGGAAGGAGGCUGACAGCCCUAAGCCUUUGGGAAAGGGAGGGAAACUGGAGGAAGGAAAGCUUCCAUAUUCUGAGCCUUCAGAUCAAGGAAAUAAAGGGGAAGGACUCCUCAAUGGUUCCUCAGAUCCUCAUCAGAGUCGCUUGGCCAGUAUCAAGGCUGAGGCUGACAAGAUUUACAGCUUUUCUGACAAUGCCCCUAGCCCAUCCAUUGGUGUAGCCAGUCGGAUAGAUGGCAGUGGGAUGCCACAGCCUCUUACAUCACUUCACGUGGUGAACCAAAAUGGUGCUGACAAUUCUUCAGUCAAAACUAAUAGUCCAGCAUACUCAGACAUUUCAGAUGCUGGUGAGGAUGGUGAAGGGAAGCUAGAAGGUGUCAAAGUGAGGACAGAGGACCAAGCCAUCAGGGAAAGUGUCAAAAAAGCACUCUCUCCAAACCAGACGCCCAGUAAAGAUUCCCCAUACUAUGCCGGCUAUGAGUCAUAUUACUCACCUAGUUAUGUCAACCCCAGUCCUAGUGGGCCCAAUCCAGGAACAACAGUGGCUGAAGGUCAGGUUAAGAUCAAAAGGGAUGAUGACCAGGACCAAGGUGAGGAGAAAGCCAAGAUUGAGGUUCAUGAAGACCGCAAACCUGACAGCGGUGCUCCUGGCCAACAGCAACAGCAACCCUCAGUCAUCCAACAGCGAUCCAACAUGUACAUGCAACCUCUUUACUACAACCAGUAUGCUUAUGUCCCCCCAUACGCAUAUCAUCCCGACCAAGCCUAUCAUAAUCACUUGAUAAACGCCAACCCAGCCUACCGGCAACAGUAUGAGGAGCGGCAGCGCCAGAUGGCUGAACAGCAUCGUGCUGCUGAGAAGAAGUCUGAUGUAGCCAUAAAAGAACGAGAAGCCUCCUUGAAGGAGGAAUGGAAACAAAAGAGCCCAAUGCCACCAAGCCUCUCCAAAGCCUCAAGUCAGUCAGAACUUGGAAGGAUGCCGCAGCCACCAAGUAAAUCCAGGGACUCACCUUCUGAACCCUCUUCCAAAUCAAUGGGAGGCAUGAAGGGGGAGGAAUCGAAGUCCCAGCAAGCUGAGGGCCUGAAGAUAAAGCUGACUGAAGGAGGUCACCAUGGAAAGGAAGACUCCAAGCAAGCACUGGAGUCCAGAGGUCAGCCAGGGAUGGAGCAGGCCAUGUGGUACAGACAGCAGUACCCUGAAAGCCAAAAGCUCCAAGCAGAAGAUGAACACCAGCAACAACAUCCUCGGUGGAAAGAUGAGAGGGACAGAGAACGGGAACGUGAUCGUAAAUUAAAGGAUGACAGGUCCAGGCCCAAGGACAGUCAAAGUGGACCCAAAGAGGAUGUCAAAGAGAGUAGUGAUCCUAGAAUCACUUCUGAGGACCACCGGGCUAUGAGCAAAGACUCUCGUUCUAAUCCCCACAUGCAGUUCUCGUCACCGCUAGCACAGCACCAAGGCUACAUGUCCUACAUGCAUGGUUACCCCUAUGGACAAGGCUAUGACCCCAACCACCCUGGAUAUAGGGGUAUGCCCUCAGUCAUGAUGCAGAAUUACCCAGGUUCUUACCUACCUGGAGGUUAUCCAUUUUCGCCAUAUGGUAGUAAAAUAGCUGGAGGUGAGGACGGCAGUGACAAAUCUCGUGCUAGCCCUACUGUCACCAAAAUGGCAACGGACUCCAAAGCUCUGGAUAUCCUGCAUCAGCACGCCAGUCAAUACAGCAAAUCCCCCACAGUAGGUGACAAGCCACCCCAUGACAGGGAGAGGGAGCAGGAUAGAGGAGGUGCUUCAGACAGGGACCGGGAAAGGGACCGUGAGAGAGAAAGAGAGAGAGACAUGGACCGACCGCGCUCCUCACCCUCCCAGCGCAUAAUGCCCUCUCACCACCACCUGGGAUACCCCCUGCUCUCAGGGCAGUAUGACCUGUCCUACACCACAGGUCUCUCCUCAUCAGCUGUUGUUGCCAGCCAACAAGCAGCAAACCCCUCCCUCUACCUUCCCCCACGGAGGUGAGAACGGGAAACCUGACCGUCACACCUCAACCCUGCAAAGAUUCAUGUGACUGGCUCACAUGAGAAAAUGAUCUCCCGGGUGUUAAACUUUUAGACAUCAGUUGAAUGGUGUUUUUAUCUAUAUUUUUAGUUCACCUGCCCCAAGGCUAGGCAGAUUGUUGUUUUCUUCCUCCCUUUGUAAAUUACCCCAAAUGCUCCAGACCUUGGACUGUAAAGGGACUGAUAAUAACCCAGGUUCAAAGCCAUCACUCUGCCCCAUCACGCAGAGGAAACACCAACCCGCUGAUUAUCUAGUCUUUGCACUGUCAACAAAUACAAUGCAAAAAGAGACUAUUGGACUGCCAGAACAGCUUUUAUUUUUUGUUUGUUUUGUUUUUUUUUCUUUUACUGCAUUGUUUUUUGUUGCACGCAGAAAGAAAUUGGCGGGGGAUUUUGGGGAGUUGGGUGGCUGAUGGGAAAGGGGAGUCAAACUAAAUUAAAGACUGACAAAAAAAGUGAAUCAUAUUGAAAUGACUUCAGCUCUGUGUGUGGCUUCUCAUAUGCCGUGAAACAAGAGUAUAUCCUUAACUUGACAAAUGUUUGGCUAUAUUUCAUGAGGAGAGGGAAUAUGGCAACAGCUGCUUUCUUCAGAGACCUAAGAGCCUGAGACUGAAGUUUAAGUUUCCAUCGUCAUUGUUAAUUCCCACCCUCUAUGAACCUUCAGUUCUUGUUUCAGGGAUGAUGCCAUGUUUUGUGAAGGGACGGCAUACACCUCAACGGAGAAUAAACACUAUUCAUGUUUUCUUUUCUCAGUACUUCGGUUCUACUCCGUAUCAUCUCUGAAUGUGUCUGAUGCUGGUAUUAGUUCUGUUUUUCCUCACAGCGAAAGGGUCACAUCCGUCUCUACACUCCUUCAAACUGUGAAGCCAUAAAUUCAGAGGCAUUGUGGGGGUUUUGCCAUUUUACUGUAAGUUUGUGCUUCAUUCAGUUCAUCAAGUUUUUCUGUAAACAUUGUGAAAUUUCACUCAGCUCAUGUAUUUUUUCUGCUGUAAUACAGACUCGUAGCCUACUUUUAUGUGCAUAAAUGGUUCUAUUUCUCCCAGCACGCAACAGCUUUCCAGCUUCACAGGGUGUAACGGUGUGCUCAGAUCAUUGCUGUUGCAGGGUCCUGAGACAUCUCUGUGUGCUCCUUCUUCACCCUAGCUGUGGUUGUCUUGCUGCAGAUGUUUUUAUUCUUCACUUAAUUCUGACAACAUGUCACAAGCUUGGUUCACCUCCCUGUUCGUCCCAGCAUACAGUAGAAUGGUUCGAGACCUCUGGAUCGCUGUCCACACCUUUUUGGCAACUGACACUUCAGCCAGAUAAAAGGAAAAGGUAAAUCGUUCUGACCUUUAGGCUGUUUGCUCUGCCAAAACAUUAAAUAUAUUUUUGCUUGCUUUUGUGGAUUCACAUUGCUAGCAUGGUUUUCUUUCCGGUGGCUAGCUUUGGAUCAGCCUUAAACCAGUCCACUGAGCCUCAGACAACAGUUUUUUUGUUGUUGUUGUUGUUCUGUUGGUGUUUGCGCUGUAAGGACAACUACUGGCACGUUACAAAUGACCCAAAACAAAGUUCAGAGCAGCGUGGUAAAAUGAGUGAAGUGUGAUGCCACGACUGAGAUUAACAGUUGCCCAAUUAGCUGAAAAGAGGUGUGUUGCUGUAGAGUGUGGUUACUUGAACCAAGCCCAGUAGGACCAAUCAGUCAGUACCUGAGGGUUUGUGUCGGAAUUUGACAAAUUUAGAAAUUAUGUUCAGGUUGAACACGUAGGUCAAAACUUUAGGCUAGACUGCUGAAGCGCUCAAAUGUCUGCUUCAUUCAAUGAUACGGGGGGAAACACCAUACAAACUCAACUGCAUCAGGCUCAGGGUGGGUCCGCUUUGGGUUCAGGUGCCAUGCUCUCUGGCACAGGUGGGGCUCGAACAGAAAUCUGCAGCCUGAUCCAUGUUCUCUAUUGCUCUAGGCUGUCCUUUAAAGCUUCAACUGGUGGUACCACUCAGAGUUCAAACAAGUCAGUUAUUUUAAAAGCUACACAAAACGUCGCUGUCAAUGUAGCCUGUUCUACUAGAGUUCCAUCUUUAAAUUACAGUUCCCUGAAAGCUCAGUGGCUGUAAGUGAAACUCUGUCCAUAUGCUAUGUGCGUUGAUUUGAGCAGGCUUCUUUUUAUGGUUGUGCAAAAAGCAAAUUUUCUGCUCAGAGCUGGAUGUGCAGAAGUUGUUCAUUCAGAAUUGGCUCAGGAUAGGAGACUGGGAAAGGUGUUAUGCCAUUAGUUGUAACCAUUUCCUCUUAAAUUAUUAUAAUGAGAGCAGAAUUGUGACCAUGUUGUCAUAAAUCCUAAUUUUAUUCAUUUUGGUUUUACAUUCUCUUGUAAUGUUCUUAUUGUAGUUAUUUUUCCAUUUAACAUAUGCAGUCUGAUCAAGCUUGUAAGCCACCAGUUAAUCUCAUUUCCAACGCCCUCUGAAGUUGAACGUUAGUUGAUGAUUAUGAAUCCGCAGCUCUUCAUGUUAACAUUCUUGGACAUUCCAAGAUGAUAAGUUGCCAGUUUCUCGUCCCACGAAUUUUACAAGAUGGUCUAUCUUAUCAUUUUCUGCGCAUUUUAAAGAAGAAUGGUUGACAUGAAUGAGCUGAAUGUGGUGGUGUUUGACUUGUACUUAAUCUGUAAGGGUAAUAAUCUAGGCAGCUGUGAUGUUGUCAUUAAAUUCAGUGGGUUUUAGUACCAGCAGACUGCAUACAUAUAGUUUUUAUGACAAUGGUUGUGACAAGUGCAUUUGUUCUCUCUCUGAGAGUAGUAAUGUUAUUUCAGUAGUCAGCAAAGCCCAGUGAAAAUCAUAUAUCCUAAUGUGUAUGAAAAGCCAGAAAAGUAAUGUUUGCUAUCAACAUAUUGGAAAGUGCUUGGCUCUUGUAUUUUGUUUCAUGAUGAAGAGUAUAUUUAUUGGCCAGCAGUUGUCUCAAUUGGUGCCUAGUUGAACAUUCUUCUGUGAAAUAAACAGCCACAUUUGCUCGUUUGGCCUUUCCUUG